GUGAAUUACACCCUUUUCUGGUAUACUCAGAUACGUGUCUUACACUCUUCUAUUGUCUUUCUACUGCUCGCAUAGGCAGCAACAAACAAUCCAGCCCACCUCCCCCCCUUCACACCACAACCACCACCAUGUCGACACUCUCCUCCCCCCGUCCGUCCAUUGCUUCAUCGCGCGCCCACUCUCCCACCCCGACCUCCUCCCACCGCCCCUCUCUGGACACAUUGAACACCAAUCUCGGCUACAACGGCGGAGGAGGAGGGCUCAGCGCCUCCUCGACCCCGUCCACCGCGCGAGCAGUCUCCCCGUCUCUCCACCCGCGCCGCAACCGCGCCGCCCUCCGCGACUACUACAACCUCCGGCCGAGCGAUGCUGCCGGCACUGGCGGCGCCGGACGCCGAUCCCGCAGCAUCCCCCGCCCGAGCGAGGACCCUUCCGUCAAUCACAACAACCACCCAUCAUCAUCCGUCGUGGCCACGGGGACGGAACUCGACAGCCCGGACUUUGACCCCCAGCGCUACGUCAACCAGCUCCUGGCCACCUCGUCGCUGUCCACGGUGCUGAAGGCCGAGAACACGCUGGUCGGCGACAUCCGCACGCUGGACAGCGAGCGCAAGGCGCUGGUGUACGACAACUACUCCAAGCUGAUCCGCGCGGUCGAGACGAUCGGCAAGAUGCGGCGCAGUAUGGAUGAGCGCGGGGCGCCGUUGACCAUGACCAAGACCCUGGGGCCGGCGAUUGCGUUCGUCGCGGAGACGGCCGGCGGUCUGAUUCAGGAGGGCGAGGAGCAGCAGCGCCGGAUCCAGGAGGCGAAGGCGGCGACGGUGGGGGCGGAGCGGAGGAAGGCGGAGAGGCUGACGGUGCAGUGGGUGCUGGGCGCGCCGGAGAGGUUGGAGAAGCUGGUGGCUGAGGGGAAGGCGGAGGAGGCGGAGAAGGAUUGGGAGGAGGUGAGGAAGUUGCUGGGGAAGUGGGAAGGGGUUAAGGGGGUUGCGGAGGUUCGGGAGGCUUGUGAGAAGGUCAUGGAUCGAGGGGAUGAGUCGUCUUGA